CUUUCCUUCCUCCCACGAUGGCGGCGCCCAUCCGUGCCGUACAGCGUUGUAUGUUUUUGGGGGGGGUCCCCCUAGCCGUGGGGGGAGGGGCUCGGGUUAUUUUUACCCCAUCCCCGUUGGGGGAGGGGCUGUCCCGCCGCCCAAGAUGGCGGCGCCCAGGGCGCCCGCCCCCAAGAUGGCGGCGCCCAGUGGGAGGAGUCCGUACGGCGCGCCCCGCCCCCGGCCGCGGCCGAGCCGGGCAGGAGGAAGGAAGAGCGGCUCCCCGCACACAGCAGGCGCAAGAUGGCGGCUCCCAGGGCGGCGUGAAGGCGCCUGGCGUCCAGCAGCCGCUUCCCGCCCCGCUCCGGACAGCGAGAGGGGCCAUGGCAGCGGCCCCGGCCCCCGGCGGCCCCGCGCUCCUGCAGCCCCGCUGGAAGCGGGUGGUGGGCUGGUCGGGCCCCGUGCCCCGGCCCCGCCACGGGCACCGCGCCGUGGCCAUCAAGGAGCUGAUCGUCGUCUUCGGGGGCGGGAACGAGGGCAUCGUCGACGAGCUGCACGUCUACAACACAGCCACCAACCAGUGGUUCAUCCCGGCCGUGCGGGGCGACAUCCCUCCCGGCUGCGCCGCCUACGGCUUCGUGUGCGACGGCACCCGGCUGCUGGUCUUCGGGGGCAUGGUGGAGUACGGCAAGUACAGCAGCGACCUCUACGAGCUGCAGGCCAGCCGCUGGGAGUGGAAGAGACUCAAGGCCAAGACCCCCAAGAACGGGCCGCCCCCCUGCCCCCGCCUGGGCCACAGCUUCUCGCUUGUGGGCAACAAGUGCUACCUGUUUGGGGGGCUGGCAAACGACAGCGAGGACCCCAAGAACAACAUUCCCAGGUACCUGAAUGACCUGUACAUCCUGGAGCUGCGCCCAGGCUCCGGCGUGGUGGCCUGGGACAUCCCCAUCACGUACGGGGUGCUGCCCCCGCCCCGCGAGUCCCACACCGCCGUGGUGUACACCGAGCGGGACAACAAGAAAUCCAAACUCGUCAUCUACGGGGGCAUGAGCGGCUGCCGCCUCGGCGACCUCUGGACGCUGGACAUCGAGACCCUGACGUGGAACAAGCCCAGCCUGAGCGGCGUGGCGCCCCUCCCCCGCAGCCUGCACUCCGCCACCACCAUUGGCAACAAGAUGUACGUCUUCGGGGGCUGGGUGCCCCUCGUCAUGGACGACGUCAAAGUGGCCACGCACGAGAAGGAGUGGAAGUGCACCAACACGCUGGCCUGCCUCAACCUGGACUCCAUGGCCUGGGAGCCGAUCCUCAUGGACACGCUGGAGGACAACAUCCCGCGGGCGCGGGCGGGGCACUGCGCCGUCUCCAUCAACACCCGCCUCUACAUCUGGAGCGGGCGCGACGGCUACCGCAAGGCCUGGAACAACCAGGUGUGCUGCAAGGACCUCUGGUACCUGGAGACGG